AUGACAUCGAGUCUAUGUGCCUGGCAACUCGUACUACCACAUCGGGAACGUCUGUUGAGCGCAGUCCCUAUAGCCCGCGUGUACGACAUCUGGUCGAAGGGUUCGCACCGGUCCUGCAGUUCGACGAUGACUCUCCAACAACAGUCACGCUCAAAAGUAUCAUCCUCCACUGUUCGACCAUCACCAUCUUUAUUGGGACUUCUCCCGCGAACUGAACAUCAUCGCCGGCCAACCAUCAUCCUCAACUACCAGGUUCAUAUGACAUCUGGGGGUGUCUUUCACGCACAUGGCACCUACCCGUUCAUUCCCGAUCACGAAGGUGGUGGAGGUUCAGCUCGGUCUGUUCGGUGUUAUGUCCCCGCUGGGGCCGGGGAAAUUCGGUUUCCUGAUAGCAUUUUCGGGACCGAGAAAGGCUUCAGUAAAACCAAAGCUUUUGAGGUUGACGAGCUAAAUGCACAGGAAUUUGCCAACGCGGCAUAUCAGACACGACGGUUAUGCGUGCUUGAUGACAAGAAGCAGGAUUCGCCUCUUAGUUUCCUUGCCACUCCUAUCGUAUUUAUGAAUGAAGCGGCAAGAAAAUUUUUCGGACUAUCGCGAUCAUACACCGCCACCGAAAUAACUCCGAAUUCCAGGACUUGCGAUCUCCCCGCACCGAGGAGGCCAGUUACCGAGCUUCUUGGGUUAUUCUGGCCCGUAUUCAGCCAUUACUUUUAA